GGAGGCCGCCCGCGGAAAUUUGAAAUGGCUGACGGAUUGCUGGCGGGUGGUGGGCUGGGGUCGGAAGCAAUGGCGCCGGAGCCCGAGCUUCCUGGGUGGGCGGCCGAGGAGGAGCUGGAGCGCCUGGAGAAAGGUUUGUUUGAAAAUGAAGAUUCAUGCAGUGAUUGCAGUGAUCAUGCUAAACCAGGUAGUAGCUUACAAAGCUUUGUGCCAGAAGGAAAAACUCAUUUCCCAGAAAUGUUCCAGACAAGUCAACUUUUGUUCUAUGAGCGAUUCAGAGCUUAUCAAGAUUACAUUUUAGCUGACUGCAAGGCCUCUGAGGUAAAAGAAUUCACAGCUGAGUUCUUAGAGAAGGUCCUUGAACCAUCUGGAUGGCGGGCAGUCUGGCACACUAAUGUGUUUGAGGUGCUAGUUGAGGUCACAGAUGUAGACUUCACAGCUUUGAAGGCAGUGGUGAGGCUUGCCGAUCCGUACCUCUGUGAAUCACAAGUGAGCGCUUUUACUUUGGAGUGUAUGAAAGAACUCCUUGAUCUGAAGGAAUACCGGUUGCCCCUGCAGGAGCUGUGGGUGGUGUUUGAUGAUUCUGGAUUAUUUGACCAGACAGCACUUGCAAUUGAGCAUGUCAGGUUUUUCUAUCAGAACAUUUGGAGGAGUUGGGAUGAAGAAGAGGAGGAUGAGUAUGAUUAUUUUGUCAGAUGUGUUGAACCUCGAUUGAGAUUGCAUUAUGACAUUCUUGAAGACCGAGUUCCUUCAGGACUUAUUGUUGACUACCAAAAUCUGUUAACUCAAUGUGAGGAGAGUUACAGGAAAUUUUUAAAUCUGAGAAGCAGUUUGUCAAAUUGUAACUCUGAUUCUGAGCAGGAAAAUAUCUCCAUGGUGGAAGGGUUAAAGUUGUAUUCAGAGAUCGAACAGUUGAAACAAAAGCUAAAACUCAUUGAGAAUCCUUUGUUGAGAUAUGUAUUUGGUUAUCAGAAGAAUUCUAAUAUACAAGCAAAAGGCAUCCGUCCAAAUGGCCAGAAGGUCACUCAUGUGGUCUCCUCCACCAUGACGACUGGUCUGCUGCAGUCCCUGCUCAGGGAUAGGCUUUGCCCAGAGCCUUGUAAGGAAGAAACAGAAAUUCAGUUCCAUAGUGAUCCGCUGUCUGCUAUAAAUGCCUGCUAUGAGGGCGACAUUAUUGUCUGUCCUGGCCAUUAUGUGGUACACGGUGCCUUCUCCAUUGCUGACUCCAUUGAGUUGGAAGGAUAUGGUCUACCAGAUGAUAUUGUGAUAGAAAAGAGAGGCAAAGGAGACACUUUUGUGGAUUGUACGGGUGCAGAUAUUAAAAUCUCAAGCAUAAAAUUUGUCCAGCAUGAUGCCGUAGAAGGAAUCUUGAUCAUUCACCGUGGCAAGACUACAUUGGAAAACUGUGUACUGCAGUGUGAAACCACAGGAGUCACAGUACGAACUUCAGCAGAAUUUUUAAUGAAGAACUCAGAUUUAUAUGGUGCCAAGGGUGCUGGUGUAGAAAUAUAUCCUGGGAGUAAGUGCACUCUGAGUGAUAACGGGAUCCAUCACUGCAAGGAAGGGAUCCUCAUUAAGGACUUCUUAGAUGAACAUUAUGACAUUCCCAAAAUAUCCAUGGUGAAUAAUGUCAUACAUAAUAAUGAAGGUUAUGGUGUUGUCUUGGUGAAACCUACAAUUUUCUCUGAUCUGCAAGAAGACACCCAAGAUGAAACUGAAGAAAAUAAAGCACUUAAAGUUCAGACAAGUGGAGAGGGAGAUGAGGCUGGGAGAGUGGAUCUCGAAGAGCUGAUUCAGUGCGCAACUGGUAAAAUGGAGCUUUAUGCGAGAGCUGAGCUUUCUGAGCAAGUUGAAGGCAAUUGUGAAAUUGUAAAUGAACUAGUUGCUGCCUCCACACAAAAAGGCCAGAUGAAGAAGAAAAGGUUGAGUGAACUGGGGAUCACACAAGCUGAUGACAACUUAAUGUCACAGGAGAUGUUUGUUUCAAUCGUGGGGAACCAGUUCAAGUGGAAUGGGAAAGGGAGUUUUGGCACAUUUCUUUUUUGACCACUGUGAUGUAAAUAGAUAGCAAAAUAUUGAGUUUUGCACGUUGCCCCCAAGAAUCACUGCUGCUAUCACACUUUGCUUCAUGUCUAUAUUUUGUAUCUGAUAUAUUCAGUUGGAUUUGAGUGAAAUGUAGCUUUAUUUCUCUCUGCAAGCGUUGCACGUAAAACACUCUCUUUGUUUAAUAAAGUCAUAAAAACAAAAUAGAAAA